AUAAUCACAACAAUUCAUAUUAAAAAAAUAUUAUGUUAAUCUAAAUAUUUUAACAAUAUCUUAAUUUUCAAACAAACUAAGAAUAUAUUUUCACUAAUUUCUUAAUUAGGAAUGGACUAUUAUUAUGCAUUAAUAUAUAUUCAGAUAUUAUUUAUAAAAUUAAAAAGAAAAUCUAUCUUACUUUUAUCUAUUUUAUAAUCAUAAUCAGUCAUUUAAAAUUAUUAUAUUGAAAUAAAUAUGAUAAAAUUAUAUUAAAUUGAUAAAUUGAUAAAUUUUAUUUUCACAAAUAUAAAAUAUCUUACUCUAUUAAAAUGGGAAUAUAAGCUCCAUUGGGCAUAUCCACCUCAGCAAAUUAAAUCAGCCAAUGAAAUAUAAUUUUUUUUGUCAUGUCACUAUUUAUUGAAUCCACUAAAACACUUCAUCUUCAUUGUUCUUAUUGAAGUCUCUAAAAUUGUUGUUAUCCUACAUUUACGAAUCUUUAUUUCUUAAAACUUAAUUACUUUCGUUGAUCCUUGCAAGAUGAGAGACGAUGACGUUUCAACUUCCGUUAUUUUUCUCUUUAUAACUCUUUCGCUGAAUCUUAGCCAAAGGUAUAACUUCUUAUAAUUUGGAAUCCUGCUAAAUUUUAGAUGUAAUAUUUAGUUUACAAAACAAAAUAAUAUAACCAUACACAACAUUCUCAUCUUUAUUGUGUUAAUCAUGUUAUUCUUUUUUGGUUUCGUAUGAUGAAAACCUAUUUUACAACACAUAAUCCAUGAUACAUUUGAGAAACUAAAAAUAAAAACUUAGGCCUUUUUCAAAAAUAAAAAUAGAAAACUUUGUACUACAAAAUAUAUGCAGAACAUAGUAAAAAACAUGAGUCAAUUGGUUGAAAACCCAAAAAAAAGUUCAUAAUUAGGUAAAUGCCAUAACAGUAAAAGUUGGCAGUCUACAGUAUUAAAUGAGAAUGUAUAAUUACGUUAAUCUCCUUGACUCUAAAUAUAAAAGUAUUCGUAUAAAGUGAAAGCUUUUCGUGUGAGGAAACGUCACGGCGGUCAAGGAUGGCAGAGAUCUGAUCGGUGAAGAGAGCUUCAAGCGGCAUGAAAGAGGACCAACGCGGCGGUGGAUCGGGAGGAGGAUGGAACACGCCGGAGGACGGAACACGCCGGUGGACGGAGACACACCUGAGGCGAGUGUGGUGGAGACGCUUGGCGGUGGAGGCGGGGGAUCAGAAGGCGAGUGCGGCGGAGGAUAAGAGAGUAGACGGGGUUCAAAUGGUUCAAAUCUAAACCCAAAACCCAUCGAGCUCAAUCAACCCAAAUGCCUUCACACGGUUUCCUUUCAAACUGGUAAGUAAAGACCAGGUUACCACAUGAUGGUGACUCCAUCGGGAUCUUGGCUUCUAAGGUAUGGCUUCUUCUUGCCUCCGAGUUGAUGGUGGAGAAGUGUGUGGAUUCCUCGGACUUGGAAAUGACAUCAAGGCAAGGUAUUAUUUGCGGUGGCUACGGUUUUGUUUUUUAUUCCGGCGGCAGGUGUAUGUGGCCGCGGGACCUCUCUGACGGCAGAUUAGCUUGACGGCUCGACGAAGCUUGUACUGGCUUGGACAUCGGGUUUUGUGUAGUUGCAAAAGUCGUCGAGCUCUCCACCGGUGUUCAUCGGGUAGCUAUUUGGAGAUUAGGUCAUCAGAAAAAAAAUCUUUAAAAAAAAGUUAUGUUUCAGUAGCUAUGCAUAGAGCCGGUGUUCAAUUAGUAAUAAGGGUAGAAAUGUCAUGAAUAUUUCGAAAAGAGUGACUAAAGUACAAAUAGGUAUAUCGCUAAUUAGUAGAUAUGUUUUGUAUAUAGAGUGCAAAUACUCAAAAAACAUUCGGUUUAAAUGUGUCAGACAAAAAUAUAUUCUAAAUUUACACUAAAUACAAUCUAGGAUGCAAAAAUAUACAUACAAAAAUAACAAGUUUUACCAAAUUAUACCAUAUCAUUCGCGCGUAAAUGCCCAUGUAGUAUAUAGAAUAAUAUGUUCAAAUAAUAGAAAAAUUGUCAGAUCACAAUGAUCCAAAUAACAUACCACUAUUUUAAAGGAAUAGAUAAAUAUGCAAAGUUAUAAAUUUUAAAAAUACAAGUAAUAUAAGCUUCAUUGAACCUAUCCACCUCAGCAAAUUAAAUCAGCCAAUGAAAUAUAACAUUUUUGCCAUGUCACUAUUUAUUGAAUCCAAUAAAGCACUUCAUCUUCAUUGUUCUUAUUGAAGUCUCUGAAAUUGUCGUUAUCCUACAUUUAAGAACCUCCAUUUUUAAAAACUUAAUUCUCUUCGUUGAUCCUUGCAAGAUGAGAGACGAUGACGUUUCAACUUCCAUUGUUUCUCUCUUUAUAACUCUUUCGCUGAAUCUUAGCCAAAGGUAUCACUUCUUAUAAUUUGGAAUCCUGCUAAAUUUUAGAUGUAAUAUUUAGUUUACAAAACGAAAUAAAAUAUCCAUACACAACAUUCUCAUCUUUAUUGUGUUAAUCAUGUUAUUCUUUGUUUGUUUUGUAUGAUGGAAACCUAUUUUACAACACAUAAUCCAUGAUACAUUUGAGAAACUAAAAUUAAAAACUUAAGCUUUUUUCAAAAAUAAAAAAUAAAAAUAGAAAACUCUGUACUACAAAAUAUAUGCAGAACAUAGUAAAAACAUUCGGUUUAAAUGUGUCAGACAAGAAUAUAUUCUAAAUUUACACUAAAUACAAUCUAAAAUGCAAAAAUAUACAUACAAAAAUGACAAUAUUUACCAAAUUAUACCAUAUCAUUCACGUGUAAAUGUCCACAUAGGAUAUGAAAUAAUAUGUUCAAAUAAUAGAAAAAUUGUCAGAUCACAACAAUCUAAAUAACAUACCACUAUUUUAAAGGAAUAGAUACAUAUGUAAAGUUAUAAAUUUUAAAAUUACAAGUAACACAUAAAAUUGUAGGACAAAACAAUUGAGUUCAAUAUAUAAAAUUACAUUAAGUUAACGAAAUUUUAAAAAUAAAUGCAAAAAACAAUACAAAAUAUAAACCGCGCGUAGAGCGGUUAAAGAAUCUAGUAUAUGUUAAAAAUCUAAUAUAAUGACAGAACGGUUGAACAUUAGCAGAAUAUAUAAUAAAUGUAUAAAAAUUAACAUAUCUUAAAUUUUUGCAUAUACAAUAAUAUAUUAUGUAAAAUGAAUAAACAUAUAAUAUUGAUAAAAGGAAAUCCAUUUUUGAAGGGCAUGUAAAAAUUUAAUAUAAACUAAAUACAAAAUAAUUUUCAAAUAUAGAUUUUUCAUGCACAUAAUAUUUUGCUUAAUUACUAAAUGCAAAUACAAAAAGAUAAAUAUAUAAUGAAAAACAACAAAUACAUGUGAAGGUUUUAAACAAUUGGUUAUUUACAAUAUGUAAGCUAUAAAUUAUUGUAUUUGAAUUAGUUAUAUAAAAUUUUAAAUAUAUGAUUAAAAUUAUAAAUGUAUACCAUUAAUGAUCUAAAAUAAAUAAAUAUGCAUAUAAAACUGAAAUUAACACUCGUGCGGUUGUGUGGAUCAAGAUCUAGUUUUGUCUUAAUAGAAUAAAUGUGACUCAUGAUUAUGAUGUUUAUAGAUGGAGCAUUGACUGCCCCGUAAGCAUGAAAAAGAUUAAAUAUUUGUCAUAUUCUUUGGUAAUGUAUGAUAAUGCUGGCAUAAUAUUAAUUAGAUCCUAGAUUUUGAUCCGUGCAGUUGUGCAAGAUUAUUUGUAUUUAUAAUUUGUGUCUUUUCAUUAAAAAUAUUAUAAUUUAAAUGAUAUUUUUAUAAAAAAUUGUUUUUCGUCCAGAUUGUGUUUAUGUUUUUCGGUUUGGAUCUGGUUCAGUUGUGAAUUGUGGUUUUUGGUUCAAUAAAUAUAAUUGUUGUUCAGUUAUUUAUGAAUUAGGGUUUGAUUUUGAUUUAGUUACACAACUUUUUGGUUUGGGUCCAAUAACAAUGUUAGGAACAUGAUGAAAUUUCAAAUUCAAUUCAAGCGUGUGAGUCUGAUUAUUAAAACGUGUAUAAUCUACGGUUUUAUCUUAGUUACCUACAUUAAACAUAACUAAAAAAACAAAUAGACUUUUUAAAAAAUUUGGUUGAGCAUAUGAAAUUUUGAUCUUGAUUCUGAUUUAGAUAGUUAUAUUUUUUUUUAGUUUUUAUUUUGUGUUAUUGAAUGUCUUUAUAUUUUAAAUAUGUUUAAGAAAUCAGUAUAUCUCAAAAAUAUUCUCAAAGUUGUUAUAUUGUUCUUAACUUUCUAUAAUUUCAAUUUAAAUGGUUGUACCCCCAACUUUGUUUAAAGAUCUCAAUUAAAUAUCAUAUAUUUGAUGUACAUUAAAAGGGUAUACAUUAGUUUGAAUUUCAAACUUUUUAAAAUAAUUUAGUUUGAAUCUCUAAGAUAAUUUUAAUACACUUAAGUGUUAUUUUCAAAAUUAGUUAGUUAGGAUUCGAACAAUUGAUAGGAAUGAACUUAACUCUGCAAUCCUCCUAAAUCCGCUUUCUCCAUGUUAUACCAAUGAAAAUCAGAAACAAAAAUCAUCUCCAUUUACUUAAUAGUUGUUCACUUCUGUUUCUGUGAGAUUUGAAUCCUAAAAUGAACUAGACACUGACUGAGUCGUUAGUUUCUUGUUGCACGUAUGCCUACAAAGAAUUUAACAAAUAGCAUGAGAAGAAUCAUCAUAUGAGCGAUCACGUGUUACCCAUGUAUGUUUCUCCUACACUUACCAUGAGAACUUAUAUUUGAAAAGUAUCUGUUGAAUAAAUAUUAAUCAGUCUCUGACCCUCAAAACUGCAAUAAAUAAAUACUCAAAAGAGAGUCCCUCAAAACGAAUCCAAACCAGUAACUAAUUCCCAGAAAACUAUUUCAGACCACAUGAUUUGACUAAAAGUUUUUUUAGGAAAUGAAGGAAUAUAUGAAAAACUAUCGAAUAAGUAAAAAACAUACAUAGAAGAGAAAUCAAAGUGUAGGUUGGUUUAAUUUAAGUAUAUUGGUUAUCAUAUAUAAAAUUAGAUAAGAAAAAUAUUUAGACACAACAUGUUUAAUAGGUUCAAAUUUAAAACAUGCCAAAGUAAAUUUCAAAUAGGACUCUAAAUUAAUAUAUUAGAUUGUUGAAUAGGAGUUGAGGGUGAUGAUUAAUGGAUUAUUUAUGGACAAAUCAGAUCGAAAAUCUCGUUUAUGUUAAAGUAAACGAGGGUCGAAAAGUUAUUGGGUGUGGAUGGCUAAAUGUCUCUAAUUUAUUUUCUCAAAUAUUUCAUUUUAUGUUUACUACCCAUUACAACGGUUUCACUACAAAAAAGUUUACACAAAGAUUUUUACAAAAAGAAAAGUUUACACAAAGAGAAAAAAGGAAAAUUGGGUUGUAUAACGUCAAAACAAACCAUAGUUAAAUAUCUAACCAAAAAAAGUACAUCUAUUAUUUCUGUAAUAUAUACUAUAUUUCCUCUAGUCCCCCGGUUAAUGAAAGAAAAAAAUAGUUUCUUCUUUUUCUUCAAUUAUCAACUACCCAGUGGCGGAGCCAGCCACAGUUUUCACUGGGGUCAUUUUAAUUCAAAUCAUAUAUUAUAGGGGUCACAUAACAUAACUUUUGCAAUUUUCUUUAGAAUUGUUGUUUAAAUCAUAAGUAAACUUUGUUUUCAUCAGAAUUCAUAGGGGUCAUAUGACCCCCCUACCGUAACGGUAGCUCCGCCACUGCAACUACCACCAUUAGUUCUUCUUCCAUCCCCACCACCUUACUCUCCGUCACCGUUACAAUACGAUCAUCACCUUCACAUUAUAUUUUGUAUUUAUUGUCUCCUUAACCACCACCUUUUUUCUAUAAUCAACUAGGAUCGGCCCGCCCUACGGGCGGGAUGGUAUUUUAAAAAUUAUGUAAAUAGUUAGAGUAAAUAUUCAAUAUAAAUUGUUAUAUUUUAAAAUAUACAUAUUAGUUAAAUUAUGUAUAUGUUAUUGUAUUUGAUGACUAAAUAUACCAUGGCGUAUUGAUAAGUAUUUUUUUCAUGGUGCCAUCACAUCAUUUUUAGAAAUUUUCUUAAGUUGGAUGAAUCUAAAGAGUAUUAAUAGCGAGGAAAUAGACAAAAUUGUAAUUAUAGAUUAAGUAAGCAUUUAUGAGUAAAAUUUAUUAUUAGGUCGGUUAAUUAUUAGUUGUAUAAAUCGGAAAUACUAAUAUUAAAGUAUCGUAUCUUGACAUGUUGGGCAGCUUAAAUUUGAUAUAAACCAGUCAACGAUGCACUGGUGGUGAAAGAUAUGGUUGCACGGCAAUUCGUUGAAUUCUCUUUGCUUAAAAUAUUGUUAAUGCAUACAGUGCAGAGUUCAUCUUCUUUUUAGGUGUGAGUGUGCUAAAAUAUACAUCUGAAUCAAUAAUUACACAAUAUUUCUGGAUAUUAGAUGCAACUCAUAAGUUAUUAUAUAAUAACAACUUCCAUAACCACAGCACAAGUACCCAAUUAAGAGUAAAAUAUAAGCUAAAAUAAAGAAUAUAUAUAAAAUUAUAUUUUAAACCCAAUAAAGCAUUUGGCUGAAAUAAAUAAUAUAUAAUGAUCAAAUCUUAGUGAUUUUUAUAUUUUUUUCGUACUCAGUAUAUUAUGUGUUGAACUUGAAAAAAUGACUAUAAAUUAAUAAGCUGUUAAAUUCUCACCAAAAUUUUGUGAUUGAUGUUUAGAUAUUUAUAACAUAAUACAAAAGAAUACAAAAGCGUACGGAAAAUAGUUAACAAUAAAAUAUUAUUAUAUUAAACUAAAUAACUAUUCAAAAUUUGAUCUAAAUAGCUGCAUUGUAUUUUUAAUAUGAAUUGUUAAUUAGUAAAACAAACACCAUUUUAAAAAUUAUAUAUAUAUAUUGUUUCCCAUCAAAAUAUAUGAAUGACUAUUUCUUCUUAACAAUAAAUAUUUAUAAAAAAAUAUGCAAUCUAUUUUUUAAUAUUACUAUUAUUUUUUUAGUUAUAAGUAUAUGCUUGAUUAGUUUUUGUUGUAUGGAUUAUAUUUUAUGAGGUUAUGUUAUGCACCAGUUGUGUAGACUUAUUUGAAAUAUAAUUAUUUUAUUUGCUGUGUAAAUAAGGUAGUAAAUACAUAUUAGGGACUCUGUAUUUGAAGCCAUUUAUUUAACUAAUAAUCACAUUCACCAUAACCACCACAACCACCUCCAAAUCCAUAAUCUUUGCUACAUACGCUGUCUCCACUUCUGAAAUCUACAGACCACGACGGUGUUACGGUCGAGACGUCUUUAUUUGUCAUGUAAAUUCCCGGUUGUACUAUGUUAUUUGAACAAUAUGUACUAUGUUAUUUCGUUUGUUUGUUACUAUUCUAUUUUUAUAAUAUUUCAUAUUAUGUGCUAUGUGCAUAUUUUGAUAUCUGGGUUAUUGUUAAUAUUUUCUUUUAGGGUUUAAUGAUUAGUGUUUUGGGUUUAGUUUAUAGAAGGUUUGAGUUAACUUUGGGAUAAACAUUAUCUCAUUCACUGUAAUCAUAGACAUUUAAAAUUUGAAGAUUAUUAUGUACUAUGCUAUUUCGUUUGUUACUACUUUCUUUUGAUAAUGCUUCGUAUUACGUACUAUGUGCAUAUUUGAUAUUUGGUUUAGGAUUUAUAUUUUCUUUUAGGGUUUUUAGUAAAUAGUAUUUUAGGCUUAGUUUAUAGAAAGUUUGGGUUGACGUUAUGGUAAGUAUUACUUCCUUCCCUAUAAUCACAGACAUUUCAAAAUUUGAACAAUAUGUAUUAUGCUAUUUGUUUGUUACUAUUCUAGUUGAAUAUUUUAAUAUUUAAAUUUAUUUUGAUACUUGAGUUAUGGUUUAUAUAUAUUUUUAGAGUUUAGUAAUUAGUAUUUUGGGUUUAGUUUAUAAAAAGUUUGGAUUGACAUUGGAGUAAGCAUUACCUCAACUAUUAUUAAACCAAUUUAAAAUUUCAUUAUUAUAAACUAUACCAUUUAGAAUAUUCUAUUCCAUUUACUCUGUUUAUCUUCUUUCGUAACAUACUAACAUUAUCUCUUUUUUCCAUCAUCGCAGUCAUACCAUGAUCAACAUUGCAGUCAUACCAUGACCAGCAUUGCAGUCAUAGUAAUCUCUGUUUGAAAGAUGACUAUUUUUUUUUUGAUCGACAACGUAUGUUUCAUCCAUAAUCACUCGUACCGUAGUCACCAUCUUGUAAUCACUGCCACUGCCAGUGCGACAGUGCGAUAACCACAACCGUCGUAAUGAUCACUACCCCACAAUAAUCAUCAACGUCGUUUCCUUUGUAACCAUUCAAGUUUCAUUGUAAUUUUUAUUGACGUUGCAAUAACUAACAUCACUGUAAAUUUAUCAAUCGCAUUUUUUUCUAUUGUUGGCAACCAGUUCAGAAAAAUAAAACAAAACGAAAAAAUAUUACACAAGUGCUAUGAAAUCUAAUAACGUCAAAAUCGUUGCUAUAUUCUUAAUUUAUUGCUGAACUAGUUGGCAAAUAAACCAAAGAAUGUAAUUUUGUUUAUUGAGCGUAGUCGGUAACGUCAUCAGUGUAGCUAACUAACCAUUGGCCAGAGAGUUGAUAAGAGAAGAAAUGAUUACUCAUUGCCACGUUGGCGGUUAACAUCGUUAACAAGAAAAAAAACGUAAACAGAGAAACACCUUUUAUCCUCUGUAUCGUCUUCAAUUUUCCCGCACUUUCCCCAACCCAAAGGAAGCAUCUUUUUCUCUUUUUCCAGGAAAAAAAAUGAGAUGGGAGAGGGUCCAACGUCAAGCGGGUCUCGCUGAUUCUUCUUCCGGGCCGGGAAAGAGAUGGGGACACACUUGUAACGCCGUUAAAGGAGGCAGAUUCGUCUACGUAUUCGGUGGGUUUGGUAAAGACGGUUACUUCACCAGUCAAGUUCAUGUCUUUGACGCUGGGAGGCAGAUAUGGAGUGAGCCGAUGAUGAGAGGGGUACCUCCCUCUCCGAGAGACAGUCACAGCUGCACAACUGUUGGGGAUAACCUUUUUGUGUAUGGUGGUACUGAUGGGAAAUAUUAUCUCAAUGAUCUGCAUGUUCUGGAUACUUGUAAGCUCCUUUCGAUCAUCUCUUCUUGUGUUGUAAUCAAGAAAAUGCUUAUCUUUGUGUGUGUGUUGUUGCUAGCUUCGCAUACUUGGAAAUGCCUUGAAGUUAGAGGUGAAGAACCUGACGCAAGAGAGGCUCAUAGUGCAACGCUUGUUGGCAAACACAUUUUUGUAUUUGGAGGCCGUGGGAAAGUUCCUGGUUUGGAUGAUGAAGUGUACUUUAAUGACCUUUACAUACUUAACACAGAGACUAUCACGUGGCAACGAGCUGUAACAACUGGGACGCGUCCCUUUGCACGAGAUGGCCACACUUGCUCAACCUGGAACAACAAAAUCAUUGUAGUAGGUGGUGAACAUUUCGAAGGCGAGUAUCUCUCCGAUGUUCAUAUCCUUGAUACAGAUACGUUUGCAUGGAAGCAGAUGAAAACUUCAUGGCAGCAAUUAACACCACGAGCUGGUCAUAUCACUGUUGCGAUUGAGAGAAACUUAUUUGUGUUUGGAGGGUUUAGGGAUCCUCAGAGUCUUUACAAUGAUCUCUAUGUGCUUGAUGUUGAAACGGGUGUAUGGUCCAAAAUAGUUGCCAUGGAAGAUAGGCCACCAGCUAGAUUCUCUGCUGCUGCAGUUUGUUUAGGUCCUUACAAGGCUGGUUCCUUUUUCUUUUUUGGUGGCUGCAACAAGAAUCUUGAGCCGUUGGAUGACAUUUACUACUUUCACACAGAUGGUGUAGUCGAAGCACGGUCUGCUCAGACUCGUGGGAGGUUGCCUUUAAGGAAACUAAAAUGCAAAGAGCAGCAGAAAGAAGCUGUGGAGCAAGGGAAAACGGUUUUUCAAGCCAGGGUUACUGAAAACUCCCCCUUAGGUUACUACACUAUAGAAACGAUCAUAGAUGGAAAGGUGCUUCGUGGUGUUUUGCUUUCAAACAGACACCACAGCUCUGUUCAAACGGCUGAUCCAAGCUCUACUAGUAGGAAAAGGUCUGGUAUGCUGGAUGCUGAUUGUGAUCAUAGAGCCAAGACGCAGAGAACUUUGAGUAAGGAUACAGCAGGUAGUAGCCAACAAGCUGGUCCAGUGGAUCCUUCUGAUGAUGCUUACAAGAAGGCGAAUGUAGAGCCAUUGAGAAACGAGAUGUCAACAGACGUUGGUGCUGGAGGAGAUUCAUCGCCACAAAAGCAAGAUGAGGAAAGAGUUGCUGCAGAAGAUGCAGAACCAAAAUAGUAACCUCAAAGUACAUAAAGGAUCUUUUUGGGUGGUGUACAGUAGCAAGUAGAUGAAGGCAGGGUUUGGUUUGAAUAGCUGAUGUAGAAGAAAGUUGAGGAUGAGUAGAAGAAGCUAACUCUUGUGUUAGGGCCUUUUGUUUUGUAUAUUUGAGGCUCUUCAGUACAAACAGCUUUAACUCUGUUGUUAAUUACCUUUUGGUUUCAAUUUGCAAAGCCUUAUGGUGAGUUUUUGUUUUCUUCUAACAAAUCAUAAACUUUGAGUAGUUACUCUUUUGAAGGUGGUGAAGGCAUUUACUCUUCUCGUGACUCUGUUUCUUCAGAAGUACGUUUUGCAUUAGAGAAAAAAAUUAGUCUAUUUAUUGUCUCUCUCUCAUUGUUUCACCAACUAUAAAGAUUACGUUUGACAUUGGUCUCUCUAAUGACUAAUGACAGUAAAUGUAAAGCGUUGAUCAAUGCAUAUAAUAUGCGCAUGUAUGGUAUGUAUGUGUGUUUAUGCAGAUAAAGAGACAAAAAUGCGAUGAUUACAAGUUCUUGACAAAUCAUUAACGCCGUGAAACCAUGUGCCUCGAUAAUUGAUCAUUCUUAGUCUUUGACCAAGACCACCUUUAACUUUACUUAUGCUACAAUUAAUUUUGCAUAUAAUAUAACUGCAAUGUAGCUUUGAAAAUUGUUAAUUUGUGAUACCAUCAUUCUUGUAUGAUGCGUGCAUUAAUAUAUUGUUGUACACUGUAUACGCAUACACGUAUACAAGUACAGAGAUACCAUUUGGAUCCAACGACAAAGACUAAAUGCUAAAGAAAGUAGUAUAUUAAUUACGAAAUAAUCAUAUAUUGCCAACCGUAAUUAUUUCUCUGAUGAUCAUAUGGUAAUUAUUCAUAACCAUCUCGUUGACGUGUGAUACUUUUGUUUUUAACGAGUAUUUUUGAAAAAAUGAUUUUUUCUUCUAACCAUUCUCGCGCGCAAAAUGUUACAAUUUUCAACAAGCAUUUUUUCAAAGAUAAUAAAUUAAAAUGCAGCCAAAACGAAUUCUAAAUUUCUAAAAUAUGUAUCAUUGGGAGAUCAUGUUAAUGAAAAAUCCAAAUUGUCCUUGUUGGCAAUCCAACCACUAAAGCAUGCACUCUCCAACUAAUUUUGCGACUAAUUAAUUUAUUUAGUAAGUGUAUUUAUAAAUUCAUAGUUUCUCAUUUUCUUAUAAUUUUUUUUUCAUUUUCUUAUAAUACUUGGGAUUUUCCAAUUCCAGUUAUAUUUCCUUUCUUUCAAUAAGUUCAUUGCAACAAAACAAUACAAAAACUAAAAGAAUUCCACUAUAAAAAAUGAACAGCAGUUAUAAUUACUUUAUUAUGUUUAUUACACGACAAUUGAGAUCCUUUAUCUUGAUGUUGUCGCUCGAGACAUUUAAAAGAUACUAGUAUUUUUUUCUUUUUGGUAAAAAAGAUACUAGUAUUUUUAUUGUAAAGUGAUCUGUAAAUUAAAUUUAUAACACAAAGUUUUUUCUUAUUGAAUCAUUUUAAGCUAAUGCGUUUUAGUGAAUAUUAUAUUAUCUUCUUUUUAAUUUAUACUGCUACCAAAUUUUAUUAUUGUUAGUUGAUAAUGACAAGGAAAAGGAACAACAUGAAUAAGGUGGUGAGAUGAAAAAACUACUCUGCAUAUAUAAAGCAAAAGGGAACAUAGAAAAUGACAAGUUUUCAUUUCAAUGAAAGAAAGAAGAAAAGGACGUCUUCUUACAAGAAAAACUGCUGAAGAUGUUAAUGUGUUUACUUGGUUACACAUUGUUUUGUUUUACUUACCUUUGCGGAUAGGUAUUUAAUGCAAUUCCGUGACCUUACCGGCAAAAAUUGAUGACAAAUAUUGCGAUAUUUUUCUAACUAGAUUCAUGUACUGUACCUCUGACUUGUAGAUUGAAAGAUGAAACACCUUUGCUUGCAUUUAAUCAGUGACCAAAAUUAGUGUUAAGAUGAAAUAUAAGUGUGGAUUUGGAUAUAUGGUUCAUAACAAAAAUUUCAUUUG